AAACACCACCACCUUCUUUGCUUAUUCUUCAAUUCAAAAAUCAACCUUGAAAAUCCUGCAGAUUCUGGAUGAAAUCUGCUGGAUACCACUUUCCAAACUGCCAGAUUUCCUAUGAGGAUUAUGUAUCAUAGGCUCUCAUUUAAAAUGUCACAUUCUGAUUCUUCAAUACCUUCAUCUCUCCCUCAGAGUCUUCUACCCUCUUCCUUGUUAUCUUCUUCCACUUAUCAUCUUUCAAGUUAUGGGAAUGGCUACACCUAAAGAGACCCAGUUUCAUGUUUUAGCUGUUGAUGACAGUCUUAUUGAUAGAAUGUUGAUUGAGAGGCUCCUCAAAACCUCUUCCUUUCAUGGUGGGAUUUUGAUUGCUGAUAUCUUGGGGAUGUGUGUUGAAUUCACAGUUACUGCAGUGGACUCUGCCAGUAAGGCUUUAAAUUUUCUUGGUUUGGUUGAAGAUAUGGCUUCAGAAAUUCAUCAGGAUGUGGAUGUAAACCUGAUCAUAACAGAUUAUUGCAUGCCAGGGAUGACUGGCUAUGAUCUGCUGAGAAAAAUCAAGGAAUCAAAAUCUCUUAAAGACAUACCAGUUGUGAUCAUGUCCUCAGAGAAUGUUCCAUCAAGGAUCAACAGGUGCCUAGAAGAGGGAGCUGAAGAAUUCUUCCUAAAACCAGUUCAGCUAUCUGAUGUACACAAGCUCAAGCCCCAUUUGAUGAAAUCAAGAGUUAAGGAAGAGCAAGACCAACAACCCAUCAAUAACAAAAGGAAGAUCAAGGAAGAGUUCCACUCUCCAGAUAAAACUAGAGUAAAAUGUAUUAGUUAAAAUCUGUUCCAAAGUAAAUUUGAUAAUGCAAAGCUAGUUUCUAGAACAUUUUCUUCUCCUCUGUCUCACUGGCUUGGCGAUGAGAAGAGCAUGGAAGCUCAAUCAUGAUGUAAAUAGCGGAGAAAGAGUUAAAUUUCAAUUUUGGUGGACAAAUAGCAAUUUAUUUGAACAGUGUUUUCCUUC